AUGGUGGAGUUGCUUGUUGAUUGUUCACGAACCGAACAAUUAUGGUUUGGAUUCAAGGGCUAUAUGUCAUCUAUGUAUAGAUGGAGCGGUUGGGAACCAGAUAUAAGCCAGAAGGAAUGUUCCGGCAUCGCGGGAGGAAAGUCCCCGUUCAAAUCGAAUAAUCACAUGGCAAAAUGCGGUGCAGUGAAUGUGUUCAGUUGGGGUAGCAAUGCAUGUUUGAUAGAUCCCAUCUGA